CUUUAGACAAACGUUUGCUCAGGAAUGUUCUACAAAUUUGAAAGUUUUGUUUUAACUGGCCAUAAUUUACCUUGAUUUAAUUUUGAUUUUUUUAUAAUUCAAUGUCACACAAAAAAUGGAUCAUCAAACUGUCAGCUUCAAUAUAGUAAAAUAUUUUAUUAAAAAAUGUCUUGUUGAGUCGUUGUUUAUUCUAUAUACAAUAGUUGUAGGGUCUUUUUAAUAUUUUCUGACAAUGAACUACAUUUAUUUAUAAUAGAUAUGGGAGAAUAGUUGACUGACCAAUUGUGAGGAUGAAACAAAAUUGUUGGGAAUUUCAUUCAUCAUAUUAUUUAUUGGGUUAGCCUAACCCAAUAAAUAUUAUUUUAACUGAAAUUCCUGAUAUUUUUUUUUCAUACUAUUUAUUUAUUAUAUUAUUUUGUAUACAAAAUGCAAUUAAACACUGUAAAAAAUAUAGAGCAAAAGCUUACAACGUCCUUUUUAUAUAGGUAUCUAUGAAAAAGAUUUGCUCAUUACACUUUAAAAAGGAAAAGACGAAGAUUCAACCUAAAGCCUUAGCAUCACUCACUAAGAUUGUAAAUAUGGUGGUUUUGGAAUGUGCAUUGAGAUCUGGCAAGCAAGCUUAUGCAGAAGAUUCAAAGACAGUAACAUUAGAUAUCGUUCAAAAAAUAAUUCCUCAACUAAUAUUGGAUUUGUGAAUGUUACCAUUUCUCUAUCAAAUUUGAGGAUCUUCUACAGUCCAUCUGUGAUCAUAUAACUUAACUAUUUUUAACGUUAGAUAAUUCAAUCCAACACAUUUUAUUUUAGUAUUAAUUACAGUCUUCUUUGAAACAUGUACAGAUUAAAUUAUUUGAAUCCGUACCAGAUUUUAUAUUAUUAAACUUUUAUUUUCCACAAUAUAUUGAUAGUAAUUAAAUAUAAAUAGUCCAGUCAACAAAAAAAAUGCCAAGAAGGUGCUUGUAGAGUGCAUAGAGGAUGGACAAGCAUUUGACUUCAGGAAUUUGUUCGAGGUAAACAUAUUGAAAACCCUUACUCCUUCUCUAUCUGCUUCAUGGUGGGAAGAAGGGGGCGCCAUAAAGGUCACUUUUCCAGAUUUUCUCAUAUAUCUUGAAAACAAGGAAUCACAGAUGAAACAUUGUUGUAUGAAAAAUUGAAGCUGAAAGUAAAAAUUAUAGACACAAUUUAUUUACAUUUCUUUGUGGGUAUUUUUAUUUGUUUAAUUACCCUUAUAUAUACAAAUUUUAAUUUUUAUAUCGCUGUAACCUAUACAAUUAAAUAUUAAAUAAUAACAAAGAUAGCAUUUUUGAAAACCGUAUUUGUAUAUGAAUAAAAUAU